AUGGUCCGCGAUCGCCUCUCCGAGCUACAGAAACUCGCCGGCGAACAGCCAAGCUCGUCGACGGAAGCCGACCAUGGGACUUCGAUGCACAGGGAAAAAGAGCCGCUCAUCGAAGUCAAUGAAGUCUUCAUCGAAAAUUUUCUGGCGGCGGUCACCGCGCAACGAAAACAAAUGGACGAGCUGGCGGAAAUGCUGCACCGGAUGCGGAAGAUUGAAAACGAGUUAUUACAAGCCCCAGCUGCUGAUCAAAGAAAAGCGCAAGAACAUGAAGAAAUCGUGCAGCGGUUCAAGAUACAAUCGAGCGCCAUCCGCAAUGCCCUACGACAGCUCGAAAAAGAAGCGGAUCGUCUUGAGAAGGAGAACCCCGACCACACCGCGCAAAUCAAAAUCUUGAGGACACAGUUAAUGGAUAGCACGCGGACACUCGGUCAUUUGAUUGGCCAGUUCCAGUCACAAGAGGCCACCUACGCCGAAAAAUUGCGGAAGAAGUUUGCCGAUUCCUUGAGAGUCCGAGGCAUGCAAUUCAGCGAGGAGGAUAUGAGCGAUUUGAUGCGACAUGGUGAUUUAUCUGAGAAGACGAAAGGGCUGAUCCUCGCCCAGCGUGAGAAGGCGGAGCUGUAUGAAGAAGUGAAACUGCGGCGCGACGGCCUAUUGGAAAUCGAAAGGUCCAUCCAAGAACUGACAGAGCUCUGGAUAGAUCUGGCCAAUCUGAUCGAGAGCCAGGGCGAGAUGCUGAAUCGAAUCUCGGACAACGUGGAGAGUACGCGGGAAUACGCACUGAAAGCUAGGACAAAUGUCGAAGACGCCAAGAAGCUACAGGCUUCGACGCGCAAGAAAAAGGUGAUCGUGCUCAUCUUCGUCCUCAUCCUGAUCGUCAUCCUGUUCGUCUUCCUCCAGGGCCUCGUCUGCCACUUCACGCCGAUAUGC